AUGGAGGACUACCAGGUCCAGCGCCCGGCCCCGGUGGCGGGGUCGACGCGUUCUGGAAAGCUGGGGCCCGGGGGAGGCGGCCAGGCGAGGCGCGCAGCGUCGUUGAACUACGGGGAGAUUUUCGGGGCCGCUUCUGCCUGCUCCAUCCCGGUGCUCGAUCUGCCGCCGGCCGAGGAUGGUCUCGACUUCCGCCAUUGCUCGGCCAUGGACUAUCUUGACAUCUUCGGUGGCUUUGACGGCCGCGAUUUCGGCGUCUCCUACGAGGAACUCUACGCUUCCCAGGAUUCCAGAGGUAUGGGAGCGCCGGCACCAUCGGCGCCUGA